AUGGGCAUCUUGCGCAAGGCUGAAGAAGCCCUGACGGGCCACAACCAAGAGUCGGCCCACUCUACCAACCAUGGACCCCACGACUCCAAUAUCGUGAACAAGCUUGACCCAAGGGUCGAUAGCGAUAAAGACAAUCGGGUUCGCCACGAGGCCAUGGGCGGUGCCACCGGCCCACAUAGUUCAGACAUGGCCAACAAACUGGACCCCCGAGUGGACAGUGACAGAGAUAAUCGCGCACACAAUACUUCCACGAGCCAAAUGCCCAUUACGCGACCGGCUAAGACCACCACCGAUGUUGAUCCUCGCUACGAAACCCGGCAAGGCGCACAUGCCACUCAUCAAAGCUGGCCCGCCACAGCCUCUAACCCCGGCACCUCUUCUAUCAACGCAGGCCCACACAGCUCAAACCUGGCUAACAAGCUGGAUCCUCGCGUUGAUUCUGAUUUGGAUACCCGGGCUCGACAUGACGCUCUCGCCGGUGGUGGCCACAAUAACCUCACCACGGGAGCUACUGUAGGUCCACAUUCGAGCGACGUGGCUAACAAGCUCGAUCCUCGCGUGGACUCUGAUCUUGAUAAUCGCAAGACCGGUACCCAGCGGGAAUGGAUUGGCUGA